AUGGAUGAUGAAGACAUAGUGAAAAUCAUCAAAGCACAAAGGAUUAGGAGGAUAUUGCAAACAUACAAUCGCCACAGUGAUUUAUGUCAGCAGAUGAAUAUAUUGAUGACUCAAGAGAAUAACUUCAAAGGAUAUGUCCAUAUUCAACUCAAUGUUGGAACUAGUGAGCUCCACAGAUCAAGCACAAAAAUGGGGAAAGGAACUGGGAAAAAAGAGGGAAUCAGUAGGCCCAAAACACUUGAGUCGUUUGGUCACCUCAAUAAUGGUUCUAUUAAUGGUAUAGAAUUGUUCAUUACCAGAACAGAUAUUGCCAAAGUAGGCCCAUCAACUAGGAAAAAUGAACUUUGGGAGUCCCUUAUGAUGAACUUCAAGACAUUCUUCUUUCCUGACGGAUCUUUGAUAACUUUUUUUCCUGUCGGCUUGAGACGAGAAGACGUUGACCUUUUAGUACUUCUGACAGCCUUAGCAUCAGCCGAAAGUUCUAUCUACUUCCGUAAACCUGGAAGAGCAAAAACUGCUGAGAGGAUAUAUUCAGCAAGUAGCUUCAAAUACGAAGAAGCAACCAAGCACAUUCUGUUCUUGCAUGCCUUCAGUGGUUGUGACAAUACGUCAUUCCUAUUCAAUCAGGGAAAAACUAAAUUGUGUACGCUGAUAGAAAAAAACAGAGCGGUUCAUGAAAUAAUUGAAAUUUUCAACAAACAAGAUGCCACGCCAGAGGAGAUUGCCGAGACCGGAGUACGCUGCCUUGUAGCAUUAUAUGGUGGCAACAUGGAUAAAGAGAGUUUGAAAAAGAUUCGUUUCCAACGCUUCGCCAAAUCUACGCUAAAAACCAAAUACGCGGCGAAAUUCCACGCCUUCAGGACGUACCACCAAGUACAGAAAUGGAGAGGCAUUGAGAAAAAUCCUGAAAACUGGGGUUGGAAGCAUGGCGCUUACGGGCUCACUCCCAUAACAAUGGCGAAAAAAACAGAUCCCGAUUUAUUAUUAAAAUCGGUAUCUUGCAACUGCAAAAAGGGGUGUGGUGGGGCAUGCAGCUGUCGAAAGGCUGGACUCAAAUGUUUGGUUGUAUGUGGUUUCUGCAACGGAGAAUCUUGCGGAAAUAUGCCGGAAAUCCGCAUUGAAAGCGAGGACGAGGAUGACGACAUUUUUCAGGCUACGAACCAAAACUACGACCAGGACACAGAUAACUACGACCAGGACACCGACUACUACGACCAGGACACAGACAAUAACCAACCCGGACCAUCGAAACGUACAAAAUGUAGUAAAAAUUAA